CAGAACUUGUGGUGGAUGGAGAUAUGCAUUAAACUCCAACAUUAGCGGACUAUUACACUGAUAAUUUCAUGCACGGAAAGGGCCCCAGCGCGUCGUUCGUGGAUGAUGUUCGACGCGAUGGGUCGUGGACUGGAUGGCGCAAGCGUGGGGUACGAUUUUGAUUUGACGGCAAGCGGGCCCCGCAUUGACUCGUCAUCCUCUCCUCUAAGGAGCAGGCGGGGCGGGUAAGUUGGUGGCGUGGGUCGAUGUGUGAAGAGGACAGGAGUGAGAGGGCACAGAAAGCGUGCAAUGAGAUGGCGACGCGUGUACAGCGCCAGCUGUAUGCGAUUGCGAGCGGAACCGGAAGAGGGCGGGAGCGCCCUCCGUUACGUCGGUCGCCGCCGACCCAGGUGGCUCUGCCUCUCUAUAAAACCCCUCCGAAGCACUUCAUCUUCUCCUUCGUAUUGCUGCUUCCUCUUCCCUCUCCUAGUCUCUCUGUCUCUUGAAAGUGAGGUUGUUUACCUUCUAUUGUUCUCUUUUCUUUAGGUUGGGGGAGUUUGGGUCCCUUGGUGGCGGCGAUGGGAAGCAGGAAGGAUGUGGAUAGGAUCACGGGGCCGUGGAGCCAAGAGGAGGAUGAGGCGCUGCAGAGUCUGGUGCAGCGCCACGGACCUAGGAACUGGUCGCUCAUCAGCAAGUCCAUCCCGGGUCGCUCCGGAAAGUCAUGCCGGCUGCGGUGGUGCAACCAACUCUCGCCACAGGUGGAGCACCGCCACUUCACGGCGGAGGAGGACGAGAUCAUCGUCCGCGCCCACCGCCGCUUCGGCAACAAGUGGGCUACCAUCGCCCGCCUCCUCUCCGGCCGCACCGACAACGCCAUCAAAAACCACUGGAACUCCACCCUCAAGCGCAAGUAUAGCACCGCUUGCCCCGUCGACAACGAGCUGCGGCACCGGUACGACGCGAUCACGACGGAAAAGGAGGCGGCGGCGCAUCGGGAGGACGAGGCGGUGGCGACGAGGCCACUGAAGAGAGCAAGCAGCGACGGCCUCACCCUGUUGUCCGGCGGAGCGGGUCUUUGCUUGAGCCCCGGAAGCCCGUCUAGAUCCGAUCUCAGUGAUUCCAGUCACCACAGUCACUCGCUAAUCUCUCCGCCGGCGGCGGCGUCACACAUCCAUCAGCCGUUUCCCAGAACUGGCGGUGUCGUGACUCUCUCCUUUUCUCCGAGCCAACACCACCAUCAUGGCGGACCGAUCACUGCUGCUGCUGAUCCUACUUCUCUAAAGAACGACGACGGUCCAACGACCUUCCUGACCCUCUCCCUCCCCGGCUCAGAUCAGAUUCACACCUCCAGCCACCGCCACGUCCUGGCCGGCCCCAACACCAACAACCAGAACCAGCUCCAACCACUGCCGUCCUCCGCUCAUGCCCCCCAUCGGAUGAUGCAGCGAUGUUCAGCCACCGCCGCCAGCCCUUCUGGCCGCGCCCGGAUUCCGAACGCCGAUGAUGAGCGUCGGUCUGCACCUUUCUCAUUCAGCGGCGAGUUCAUGGCAGUCAUGCAAGAGAUGAUCCGCAGCGAGGUGCGGAGCUACAUGGUCGAACUGGAGCAGGGCCGCAUGGUGUGCGGCACGCAGCCGCCGCCCUGCAACGCCGCGGCGAAGCGCGUCGGAGUAACGGAUGCAGAGUAGAGUACGUUUUGAAUCCAGAUCAUGAAGGAAUGAAGGAAUCAAAGAAUGUCUUGGACCAAGAAGAAGACAACGGUGUCUCCUUUUCCUCUCUGGUAGUCGCUCUCAAUAGUAAUGGGUUGGAUGCUUCAAUGAGAGAAGGAAAUUGUACAGGAAAACGGGAAAGAAGUGGGAAGAAGAGCGAGCACUUCGUUUCAAUCUCCUCCUCCUCCUCUGUUCUAUUCCAUGUAAUGAUUGUGAAGAUGGAGGAGGUUUUUUCUUGGUUUACCAGUGAUUAUUUGGUUCCAUCGAA